CUCUGGCCGGUCGCCAUUCUGCCGGGGGUGUCUGUUUAGCCCGGUCCCCGGGCGCGGGAGGAAGGCCCGCGCUACUUCCUAGCAGGCGCGCUCUUCUGCCUCUGAGCAGCGGCCCCGGCGGCCAGCGGCGUCUAGAGCGCGGAGCCCGCUAGGCGCGCGAAUGAAUGGGCGCCCGGGUGGGGGUGGGGGGUAGUGACGCGCGCUCUCGGGACUGAAGGGCAUUAGGACCGUGAGGAUCGCUCCGCGCUCCUGUCUCUUCCUAUCACCCCCUCCACCACCACCACCUCUCUCCUUUUUCUGCUCUGCAGGACUGAGCAGCCGGGCGCCAGCGAAAACAAACAGCUGGGGCUGCGAGCUGCCCGAGAGCACACCGGCCCCGGCUCCCACGUAAGGCGCCCGUGCGCCCACCAUGAGGAAGAUCCGCGCCAAUGCCAUCGCCAUCCUGACCGUAGCCUGGAUCCUGGGCACUUUCUAUUACUUAUGGCAGGACAACCGAGCCCACGCAGCAUCCUCUGGUGGCCGGGGCGCGCAGAGGACCGGCGGGAGGCCGGAGCAGCUCCGCGAGGACCGUACCAUCCCGCUCAUUGUGACAGGAAUACCCUCGAAAGGCUUUGAUGAGAAGGCAUACCUGUCAGCCAAGCAGCUGAAGCCAGGAGAAGACCCAUACCGGCAGCAUGCUUUCAACCAGCUGGAAAGCGACAAGCUAAGCCCAGACCGACCCAUCCGGGACACACGCCAUUACAGCUGCCCAUCCUUGUCCUACUCCUUGGACUUGCCAGCCACCAGUGUCAUCAUCACCUUCCACAAUGAGGCGCGUUCCACUCUCCUGCGCACAGUGAAGAGUGUCCUGAACCGAACUCCUGCCAACUUGAUCCAGGAGAUCAUUUUAGUGGAUGACUUCAGUUCAGAUCCUGAAGACUGUCUGCUUCUGACUAGGAUCCCUAAGGUCAAGUGCCUGCGUAAUGACCGGCGGGAAGGGCUGAUCCGGUCCCGGGUUCGUGGGGCAGAUGUGGCAGCAGCCACCAUCCUCACCUUUCUGGAUAGCCACUGUGAGGUCAACGUGGAGUGGCUGCAGCCAAUGCUACAGCGGGUGACAGAGGACCACACCCGUGUGGUGAGCCCUAUCAUCGAUGUCAUCAGUCUGGACAACUUUGCCUACCUUGCAGCAUCUGCUGACCUUCGAGGAGGAUUUGACUGGAGCCUGCAUUUCAAGUGGGAGCAGAUCCCACUGGAACAAAAGAUGACCCGGACAGACCCCACCAAGCCUAUCAGAACACCUGUUAUAGCUGGGGGAAUCUUCGUGAUUGACAAGUCCUGGUUUAACCACUUGGGAAAGUAUGAUGCCCAGAUGGACAUCUGGGGAGGAGAGAAUUUUGAGCUCUCCUUCAGGGUUUGGAUGUGUGGUGGCAGCUUGGAGAUAGUACCCUGCAGCCGGGUAGGCCAUGUCUUCAGGAAGCGACACCCCUACAACUUCCCUGAGGGCAAUGCCCUCACCUACAUCAGGAAUACAAAGCGCACUGCAGAGGUGUGGAUGGAUGAGUACAAGCAGUACUACUAUGAGGCCCGGCCUUCAGCCAUCGGGAAGGCCUUUGGCAGUGUGACCACACGGAUCGAGCAGAGAAAGAAGAUGGACUGCAAAUCCUUCAGCUGGUACCUGGAGAACGUCUACCCUGAGCUCACUGUCCCGGUGAAGGAAGUGCUCCCUGGUGUUAUUAAGCAAGGAGUCAACUGCUUAGAAUCCCAAGGCCAGAACACAGCUGGUGACUUUCUGCUGGGAAUGGGAAUCUGCAGAGGGUCUGCUAAGAAUCCUCCACCAGCCCAGGCAUGGCUGUUCAGUGACCACCUCAUCCAGCAGCAGGGGAAAUGCCUGGCUGCCACCUCUACCUUAAUGUCCUCUCCUGGGUCCCCAGUAAUACUGCAGACAUGCAACCCGAGAGAAGGCAAGCAGAAAUGGAGGAGAAAAGGAUCUUUCAUCCAGAAUUCAGUCAGUGGCCUCUGCCUGGAGACAAAGCCUGCUCAACUGGUGACCAACAAGUGUCAGGUGGAUGCCCAGGCCCAGCAAUGGCAGCUGCUGCCACACACAUGAUGGGGAGAGAGUCUGGAUUUCUCCUGCUUCUUAAAGAGGUCCUUGGUGUCCUGAGGGUCUGGUCUGAAUCUCUGCUCUGGAUUGGCGCUACCAUCUUUCUGAGCCGCCACCUUCAUCUCCCUCCCUGCUGUGCCCUGACCUCUCCAUAUGACCCUUGGAAUUGGAAGCUAAGUAUCUGGUCUGCAGUACUCACUCUGGAAGGUUCUCCAGCCGUUUCCUUACACCUCUGCUCUCACCAGCAUCCUCUUAGCAGUGCUCCUGUGCCAAGUAUGUAUGCAUCCCUGGGCUCAGUGUAGGCGCCCUUUACCUUGGUGACCAAGCUCCCAUCCUGUUUCAAUGUCUCAUCCACCACCAUCUGCAGACCUGGCCUUGUCCAUCUGGGAAGCCUCCUGUUGCAGCCCAGGACAGAACUGGAGCCAAGGUGGAGGCUUUUCCUAGAGGCUUGGGCCCUGUUCCAGUGUGGACCAUGGGGCUGAGAGCCUGGGCUUCUUUGUGAAUGUAAGGACUGCUGCUCAGAGGACCUUCGAGAAACUCUCUCCAUUUCCUAUGGUCGGACCAAGCUUAGCACUUGUCAACCAUCCUUUGUGGGGACUCAGUACAACUCUGUUUUGCUUUUCCUCUUCUCGACCAAAGCAUGUACCACUAACUGUCCUUGAGGACACUGUCUUUAUGAAACAUACCUGGAAUAAAACCACUUCUUACGUGA